GCUGGUCCGUACCCUGCUGGUGAGUGCAAGGAAAGAACAUAGGUCACUGGCAGUAGGCAGGACUUUAUCUGAGUGCUCAGACCUCUCCUUUAAUCAUACAUAUUUGCAUAUGUGUCCUGUAAAAUGACGAUCUGCUCAGCCAACACGUCGACAGCAUCUACUAAUAGUAUGGUAAACUAAAUCUCUGCUCCAGACUACGACCGAACCGGCUGUUGUUGUAGCGGCACGAGAAGCAGUGCUGCUCUUCACAGUGGGAGAGCGGGACAGAGAGAGGAAGAGGAGGAGAAGAGAGGGAACACAACAGGAAAACCCUGGAAAGAAGAGUUUCUUAGGGAACCUCUGUUAAACCAAAGACAUGUUUGUGGAGUAGGAGUGUGAGGAAGCUGCGGGACUGCCGGCGGACUGCACUAGAAGGAGGAGCUAACGUGACCAUUGAGAAGCACCCAAAAUGACCUCUCGACAUCUACUUUGUCACCCGCUGGUGUCUAUAUCUAAUGGGGAAUCACACAUGGAGGAAGACGAGGAUGAAGAUGAACAGGGGGAAAAGUUUGAGUUUGAUGACAGUGAUGACAUGGGACCUUCAGAGAUUCAUUAUAACUCUCUCAUGAAGAGUGACUCGACCACACACACAACAGUGUCAGACCUUUAUGCCCAGACAAGCACAGUCCAAGAGAUGGCAAGGCAAGGUGUGAAUGGGACAUCCAGUACAGGGCAGGAGGGCCAAAUCUCCACAUCGACCCACCAGUGCUGCUCAGAUAUGGAAGUCAGAGAGUCACCAGAGGGACGUUCCACCUCCUCUGAUUUGGGAGUGACUGGAGACUCAGAGAGUUUCUGUAAAGCAAGCAGUAUCUAUGAAGGACAGUCUUCUUUACCGCCAGAAGCCAGUCUGGAGUCGAGGAGUCCAGUAAAUGGGUACAGUCCACAACAGGACACUAUUGAGGAAGAGGCAUUCUCUUCUGUCAGUCCACAGACUGAGCAUCACACAGCUGGUGUAGACAGACCAACCAAUCAGUGUACUGUGACCUGUAGCCCCGAAAGUGUGGUCAGAGACCUAGAGGUCAUCUAUGAUGACGUGCCUACUGAAAACCUACAGCACCCGGUGGAUGGUGUAGAUGCGGAUGACAUCUAUGAGGACAUCCAGAGACCUGAUCACCGUGGCUCCAAUGGCUGGAGCUCCAGCGAGUUUGACAGUUAUGAUGAACUGUCUGACAGUGAGACUGUUCCUCCAGCCCGCGGCAGCAGCAAGCUGCCUGCAGAUGUGCUAAGGUUGAAAAAGCGUUGUGCUGUCACCAGGAGGGAGCUGGCGGUGCGUCUUGGUGCGCCUCAUGUUUCUCAAAUCAGACAGAGCUGUGACACUAAGGUGCAGCAGUUUAUGAAAGCAGCGAGGAAUGGUACCAAGGAUGGUUUAGAAAAGACAAAGUUGGCCAUGAUUCGCAAGGUGUCAUUCCUGCAGAGGAAAGACUCCACAGGUGAGGGAAAGGAUGAUGCAGGUUACAUGGAUGUGUCUGUGUGUGAGUUAAAGCACCCUCCACCACAACUCUGUCCCAUGCCAGAGGGGCUAAACAGUCAGCAGAUUGUCAGACGUCUCAUCCUCAGCUCUAUUGUGCAGAGUGAGAGCAGUUACCUGGACUCUCUCAAGAGAAUCCUCCAGGAGUACCAGAAGCCUUUGCUAGAGCCACAGAACUGGAUCCUCAACCUCAAGAAGGUGCGUCAGAUCUUUUACCGUGUGCAGGAGAUCCAUCAGUGUCACUCAAUGUUCCAGAUUGCCCUGGCAUCCCGUGUGGCUGAGUGGGAUCACAGUGAGAAGAUUGGAGACCUGUUUGUUGCUUCGUUUUCAAAAUCCAUGGUUCUGAACGUGUACAGUGAUUAUAUCAACAACUUCACCAAUGCCAUGGCACUGAUCAAGAAGGCCUGCAUGUCUAAACCUGCCUUCCUGGACUUUCUUAAGAAGAAGCAGGCAUCCAGUCCAGACAGAAUCACUCUGUAUGGCCUCAUGGUGAAACCUAUCCAACGCUUUCCUCAGUUCAUUCUGCUGCUGCAGGACAUGUUGAAGAACACUCCAAAGUCCCAUGCUGACAGGUUGCCCCUGCAGCUGGCUCUAACUGAGCUGGAGACCCUGGCUGAAAAACUCAAUGAGCAGAAACGUGUGGCUGAUCAGGAGGCUGAGAUCCAGCAGCUAGCACACAGCAUGGGGGAUCGCAAUUUCAACAAGCUGCUGAACCCGGAGCAGAGGCUGUUGAUUCAGUGUGAACUACUGACUGAAAUAGUUUAUGGCGAUAAAGGUCAAGUCCUCAAGUCGAAGGAGCGAAAGGUCUUUCUGCUCAACGACACCUUGAUCUGUGCCAAUAUCAACCUGAAAGGGCCCCCUGACAUCAGCAGCUUGGUUCCUGUUGGUCCUAAGUACACAAUGAAGUGGUGCGCUCCUCUGCUGCAGACUCAGGUGGUGGAGGUGGGACGGGACAGUCUGCAGAACAGGGACAGUGUCGUCAUAGGCAGACGCCGUAGCUCCACCUCCAGCUCCACUGGUAAAGUGUUUCUGGGUCCUCCCAGACUGUACCAGGAGCUGGAAGAGCUGCAGCAUGACCUGGCUGUAGUGGAGGAGGUCUCACUGCUGGUGGGCACACUCCAUGGAACCUACCAGAAUCUGAACACCACAGUGUCUCAGGACUGGUGUCUGGCUCUGCAGAGACUCAUCCGUUUGAAGGAGGAGGAGAUCCAAAAUGCCAACAAGUGUCGCUUGCGUCUGUCUGUACCAGGCAAACCUGACAAGUCUGGUCGUCCAGUGAGCAUCAUGGUGGUCUUCAACACUCCCAGCCCCCUCAGUAAGAUCUCCUGGGUGAACCGGCUUCAUCUGGCCAAGAUAGCUCAGAAACAGGAAAACACUCCAGGGUGGGAAUGUGCUGAAGACGAUGGGAAGACAAAAGCUCCCCUAAGUUUUCCACUGUUGACCUGCAAACUGCCUGUUUUCUCUCCCAGGACACACACACUGAAGCUGGAGGCAGCUCUUCAUAGUCCAUCUCAGUCCAGUCUGCUUGGUUUCUGCACUGCUAGUACAUCCUUACCACAGGGUUACCUCUGGGUUGCUGGUGGAGGAGGCAUCUCCAACCAUGGCCAAGUGGAGAUCUUCUCUCUGAACCGAGCCACUCCUCGCCUGGUCAAAACCGUCCCACUGAGGGCCCCAGUCCUCUGUCUGGAGUAUGUGAAGGAGUGGUGUCCCAGCGCUGAGGAGGAGGCUGAGAAGACCCAGAGUGCUGUCAAGAUAGGAAACAUCAUCUGUGUUGGCCUGCAGGAUGGCAGCAUCCAUGUAUACAGCAGCGUGGAUACAGCCGUUCAGUGCCUGCUGACCCUGGUGAACCCUGACAGCUGUCCAGUCGUCUGCCUCAAACAUUCACUGUCUUUCCUCUUUGCUGGACUGGCCAGCGGUAAAGUAGCUGUGUACCAGAGAAAGACUGGAGAGAGACUGUGGGACAUGGACUCGUGCAGGCUGGUGUCACUGGGCUCUGAGCCGGUCUGCAGUUUGCUGACAAUUGAAGAUGCUGUAUGGGCCAGCUGUGCAAACCAAGUCACUGUCAUCCAAGGUUCCAGCCUCCACACACAGAGCUUUGAAGCCCACUCUGAUCCAAGCUACAGUGUUAGCCACAUGGUUCGUUCAGGGGGCGUCUGGAUGGCCUUCACCCAGGGUUCAUCCAUUCACCUUUUCCACACAGAGACUUUGGAACCUCUGCAGGAAGUCAACAUCUCAACCCGCACCACCCAUCUAACACCAGGUCAGGUUUGUGUCUCCAGCUUGCUGAUCUGUCAGGGCCUGUUGUGGGUGGGGACCAGUCAGGGCAUCAUCCUCGCCUUCCCUGUCCCCACCCUGGAGGGGAUCCCCAAGAUCACAGGUAAAGGCAUGACGUCUCUGAAUGCUCACUGUGGUCCGGUGGACUUCCUGGUGCCAGCCUCCAGCACUCUGGCCUCUGAUUUGCUCAGACGGGACUCCAUCCUCAACACCAGCGAGGAGGGUGUUAAUGGAGAGGGAGGAGCAGGAAGAGGAGGUAAAGUUGAUGUGGGAGGAGAUGAAGGAGGGCAGAGGUUGGAGCAGAGCAGCUACUCCCAGCACUCAGGAGGUUCUCCACAGAGGGAGCAGACACCUAAGCGUCUGUUGCUGCAGUACCGCCUCCACUCCACCUGCCAGCUGCCCGGUAAGCUGCUGACAGCCCAGCCUGAACAGGGGAACCUGAGAGCACCCCCAGACUCACUAGAGCACAGCCCGGAGGACGGCUCCAUCUAUGAAGUGAGCGAGGACCCUGAUGUGUGGGUGAGAGGGCGGCCCGUGGAGUGGGGGAAGGAUGGGGAAGCCAGGCGCAGUAAAGUCACCUCAACAGCCAUCUUCUCUGGUGGCAGAGGAUACCGCAGGAUAGGACAGAUAGCCUCUGCAGACACCUGCUCAGACUCCACUGAAAACACACUGCUGGUGUGGCAAAUCCCUCUAACUCUCAGCCAAUGACAGACAAGCAUGGCACCUGACUGAGUAACUGUGGUUCUAGACACAUCUGUGGACACCUCACCUAUGACAGUUUUCCACUUCAUCUCAGUGGUGUGUUUGUGACAGGUGACACCAUAGGAAGGCAAUGUUAGUAUUAAUACUGCAACAUUUUGGUAAAUGUGACUAUUUUCCUUUUUGUUAGAGUGAGAUUAGAAGAUCAUUAUCAUUCUCAUGCCAUUAAGUACAUCAAGUAUGGAAUUGGAGUCAGUUACAUGUUAGACCUGUUUCUUGACCAGCAACAGUCUGGUACAAUGGCCAUUGGACGGUGACUAAGGACACUGCAGAGGUUCUGGGCUAUGGGUAAACUGUUGUGUGUCAACAAAUACUUCCAGCAUGUACUUCAACAUAAAAACAACACAAUGUCCGGUCUACAUUGAAAGGUGUCACUGGGGCUAGCUGUUUCCCCCCUCCUUCCAGUCUUCAUGCUAAGUGUGCUAACAACAGUGAAUGUGGGCUGCACCAUUUUCUUAGUAAAUCUGUCCCUGAGUUUCUUACUUCCUGUGAAGCACAGACUGUCAUUAAAUUUGUAUUACAUAAGGGUUUAACAGGAGGAUGAAAUGUCUUCUGUGUUUCCUACAUGCCAGCUGAACAUACUGCCAUCUAGCAGUAAACCAAGUUACCUUGUUUUUAAAACUUUGCUGAACACCCUACCUGCAGCUUGACUCCUUUCAUUAUCAAAGUCAGUACUUUUAUUACAAUAAACAAGCAUUUCAAUGUGAGAUUAGCAAUCUUUUUUAAGAUUUACAUCAACACAUUGGAAUGUUCUGAAAUGAAUUCCACGUGCCAAUCAUUACUUUUAAAAAGUCUAUGUGAACACCAUUAUUAGAGAAACUGAAUCACUUAUGUUCAGUGUCCAUGUUAAAAUCUAUUAAAGGGAUUAACAGUUAUUACAGUAUUAAUGUUCAUGUAAAUGUAUCUAAUUUACCAUAACAUGCUCUUGUUGUAACCCUUGCUUACCUUUUUGAAUACAAAGCUCUAUUGGUACUUGCAAAAAUAAGGAAAAUAAAUUAUAAAUAUUAUAAGGAAAAUGUUGUAAUGUUAUCAGAAUAAAGUGUAAUUUUAUAAACAGUCAUAAUAAACUAAGAGAAGUUAUAACUGGACUAAAAUAAAGAAUAAGGUUGUGGUGUUAGACAUAAAAUCACAACUUUAUUUUUUAAAUUUGCAUUAUUUCUGAAAUGAUGCCCUCAUCCCAGUAACUUUUUUUCUCAGAUUAUUAUCACUUGACCUCAAAAUGUCCAGUGUCCAACAGGUGCACAUCCUCACAGGCAUUGCAGGUGAGAAGGGAGAUACAUCCAUUCACUGAGAAAUGUGACAUGAUAAAUACUGGGUGAACACAAAUGUUUGUUUUUUGCUUUGUUUGUAUGUGAAAUUUAUUUAUGUUGUCAUCAAAUGUUUGUGUCUUUUUGUCAGAUGUGUUUGAUUCUGCUAUUAUGCAACACUUUUAGAGUUUUUUGUACAAUUGAACAAUUGGAGAUUUUGUAUGUGGUUGGUACAUUGUCUUCAAUUUAUUUUUGUGUUUGUGUAUAUCAUACACAAGAGUGUUUUAUAUACAGUGAAAAAACACCAUGAAAAUUACUUUUAUGAAUUGAAAAAUGGAGCAGUAAAAUGUAUGUGAAAUGAAAGAUGGAGUGAUAAAUUAUCAAGUGAUUUGAUUGAUUUAAAGUUGAUUUGAUCGAUAUGAUCAAAACAGAGCAAUGUUUUUAUCAUUUUCCCUGUCUGACAAUUAUUGUUCAUUUACAGCACCAAACUGCCAUUUAUCAUGAAAGUGGAAAGUGGUGUCAAGGGUGGGAGUAACAAACAACAACUGAAAAAAAUGGAAGAGAUAAAAAUGCGUACAAGUUAAUAACAGAAAUGAUGAAACACAUGUGAAUUGAAAAAUAGUGAUAAACUGUCAGUUGGAUGGAAAACUUGAUUGAUGUUUUACUUGAAAAUGAGUAUUUUGUUUUAUUUUUUUGUCUGAUAGAAGCAUUUUCAUUUUUCAUUUCUCAUCCAUUUUCACAUGCAUUUUCAUCACCUACAUUUUCACUUCAGUUCAUUUUUGUUACUUCCAACACCCACAGUUGUGUACACACUGCUUUUAUUACAGGAGUUGUAAUACUGUUGUAGAAGAAUGGCCACUUCAGGUAAAUUCUUCACCUUUAUGUUGUAACCAUGCUGUAUCUGCAGCUGGUCUCGGUAUUUAAAUUUUACACUGGCACUUUUAAUGAAAUUAAAUAAAAUUUAUUGAAAGAGGUAACA